CUCUGACGUCACGAGCGCCAUAUUGGACGGCGGCCGGAGCUCCUCGUCCCCUAAGGUGUUUCCGUGUCGGUCGCUGGUCGGGCUGAUAACGUCGCAGUGCCGGAGGGGCGGUUAUUGUGUUCCCGGACGAGUGAAGAGAAGGCGGCUCGGUGGGAGCGGGGCCGGCUGUGAGCGCUGUGUGUCCAGGAGCCAGCCGGUGUGAGGAUCGGUUCCACUCUCAGCCACCAUGGAUGUCGACCGGCUGCAGGAAGCGCUGAAAGAGUUUGAAAAGCGUGGAAAGAAGGAAGCCUCUUCAGAACUCGAUCAGUUUUUAUGUCAUGUGGCGAAAACUGGAGAAACCAUUGUCCAGUGGCCACUGUUUAAGGAGUACUUUAUGUUUAAGCUCGAAAAGGUGAUGGAUGAUUUCAGAUCUUCUGCUCCUGAACAGAGGGGACCUCCGAAUCCCAACGUGGAGUAUAUUCCUUUUGAUGAAAUGAAAGACCGAAUACUAAAGAUUGUCACUGGUUUUAAUGGUACUCCAUUUACUAUUCAACGACUUUGUGAGUUGGUUACAGAUCCACGAAGGAAUUACACAGGGACGGACAAGUUUCUAAGAGGAGUUGAGAAGAAUGUCAUGGUGGUCAGCUGUGUGUACCCUACUUCCGAGAAAAACAAUUCAACUAGUCUGAAUCGAAUGAACGGUGUGAUGUUUCCAAGUAACUCCCAAAACUACACAGACAGGUCAAAUGUUAACGGUCCAGGCACACCCAGGCCAGUGAGUCGACCAAAGCUUUCUCUGUCAACCCCUAUGACAACCAAUGGUUUGCCUGACAGCUCGGAGAACAAGGAGUCAGACUUGCAGCAAAAAGAGAAGGAUCACAGUGAAUGUUUGCUGCCCGAAGAAGAUUCUCCCACAUGUACUGUAAAGAAUAAGCAUUCAGAGGAAGAAGACCCAUGUGAAGUAGAGGAGCACGAAGUUAAAAGACUAAAAUUUGACCCUGAAGACGAGGAUGAAGAUGAGGAACAAAUCCCAUGUAGUCAGAGGAACCUACCUAGUGACAUUUCUGCAGACAUGACAGAAGAAGCAGAGUCUGUCUCUGCAACUGUAGAUAAACCAAAAGAAAGUUGUGACUCUGUGCAUACUGCAGAAGAAUUGUUGAUGACUGCCAGUGAGUCUUCUGAAGAAGAUGAAAAAGACACUACUGAACCCUUAACUGUGAGCAAAGAAGAAUCAGAUGAGAGCCAUCAUAUGGAGGAAACUGAGAACACUGAAGAGAAGGAUUUGCAGACACAAGAGCAGGAAAAACCAUCAACCAAUGCUGCUGGUGCUGAAAGCGGUGACCCAGAACCUAGUGGAACCCUUGAAGCAUCACCAGAAACCUCACUUGAUUCUAUGGAAAACAGCGAGGAGGCCACCGAAGUUGCCGACGAACCUAUGGAACAAGACUAACUUUUUGCGCCUAGAGACUCAGUAUUUUCCAAACAGUUCUGUUUUUACACUGUAUACAAGUUUUAUGUAUAAAAACAAAAAAAAAGUGGACCUUUAGUUUUACAAAAGGCAGGCUUAUAAACCACAAACUUUUUUCUGGAAUAGAAACUGAAUGAGCUUUAUUUACCCCAUUUCAGAACUGUGAAUCUAUUCCUUCAGGUUCUGCUUUACCGCUGAAUUAUUGGUUUUGGUCAAAUCAGUGGUUUGUGUAUAGACUUAUUUUUAUUAUUUAGAAAGAGUUUUUAAACUGGAAGGUUAUAAUUUCCAAAACCCUUUUGGAGGGUUCCACAUUUUUUGGGUUAAAAUUUAAAAUAUAUAUAUAUUAAAAAAACAAACAAACAAAAAAAACCGAGUGGAUGUCUGGUCCCUUUUUUUCUCUUAUUGUAAUUCAUUUAAUAGUUUGUUUAUGGCUUCAGUGUUUAAGCUCAAUUUUCUUCCUAAUCUGACAACAAACUGUUUAGUUUUGAAAUUUUGGGAAACAACCCUUCCCCUUCCUUUAUUUCCAUCAAUUUAUAAAAUAGGGUAAGCCUAGAAAACAAUUGCUCUGCAGAAACAUAUUGCCUUGUUCUUCCUUCAUGAAUCCGCUACAAUAAAGCUUUUUUUAAAAAUGUAUUUCUAAACUGCAAAAACAAAAAAACAUGAACACAUUCCAAGUGAUAGACUUUUUUUUUUUGGUGUGUAUAUGAUUUUCUUUUGAGGUGCCUGAAAAAUAUCAAUUUUCACUUUAUUCAAGAGGGAAUCCAAUUCAAACUGCAUUUGUGUGCAGGUUCUCAUAAGUUAUAUUCUUGCGGGCCUGUUGGCAAACACUUGCAAGCUACAUUACUUUCACUCAUUCGCAAAGUAUUGUGAGAACAAGACUUUUUCUCUUUUGUUUUAAAUGUAAAGUAUGCAAUUGGUGAUGCUCAACUGUAUUGAGCAUUUUCAUUUACCCAUGACCUUGGCCUAAAUGACUUUAGUUCUUGAGGUGCAAUGAUAUCAUCAUUUAUUUGUACAACCUUUUUUUUUUUUUUUGGUGAACUGCAUAUUUUUGGAAACACAACUUUGACAGCCAAUGACAGAACAUCUGACCAGCUCAAAGCACAACUAAUGGCUCUUAAAAAUUUUAUUACACCUAAUUUAAAGUUGAUCGAUCUAACCUUUGUCACGAUUACCGACUACCAAAUUUAUACUUGUUUCUUCAACUAUAGCUUUUUUGAUAUUUAGAAUUUUUAAAUUUCUGUAAAGUAGAUUUUGUAGAAUGUAACAAGUGUUCACUGCCUUUGUGAAACGUUAUAUAAUUGUAUAAUUUCUGUGUGUAAACUGAAUGCUUGAGCUUUCAAUACAGUAUUCAUAUGAAGCAAUAAAUAUUAAUGUUAUGACGUCAUGGAGUACAUUUUUAUCGAAUAUAUGCACCUAAAAAUAAAAAGCUAAACAUGA